AUGAAUAAGGUGUUCCGGCAGCAGAUCGGACGAAACAUGGAAGUAUAUGUCAACGAUAUACUCAUCAAGUACCUCCGGGCCGCCGACCUCUGUGCAGACGUAGAGGAAACCUACCAGACGCUUCGCGCAUAUGACAUUAAGCUGAACCCGAGCAAAUGUCUGUUCGGCGCAAAGGGCGAAAAAUUCCUCGGCUAUAUUGUCACCGAGUGGGGCAUCGAGGCGAACUCUAGUAAGUUCGGCGACUUCGUCUGGAAGAAGGUGAAGCCAGACGGCGAUGUCACUAAGAUGGAGGCCCCUUGGGCCGGACCCUUCAAGAUUGUGGAAAAGCACCGGUCAGGCACCUAUUACCUAGAGGACGAGGAUGGGCGGAGGCUAGAGCGUCCAUGGAGUCCAACUACCUCCAACCGUACUGAGUUGGGUGAAAGGUGCGCUGAUGUAACUAAUGCCAUGUAA